AAUUGGUUGGGUAGCACUCACCCCCAAGAGGCAAGAGCUGGACAUUAGUAUUAUAACAUUUGCAGCUCGGUGAUGGAGAUCUUUCCUGAUUGCUGCUUCAUCUUAUUACUCUGUUCUGUAUUGGUAAAUUUACCAAGAGUUCAGAGGGCUGAGGGAACACUAUUGCCAAAUCCCAUUUUCCAACCUUGAACUCUAUGUAACAGGACAUAUGGCACAGAUGCCAUAUUUGAUUGGAUAUCUCUUCUAAUCACGUUGAUCUUUGAGAAUAUUUGUUUAUAUUCCCCUCAGUACACAAGGAUGUUGCUAAGUUCAUUCACCUUUCAUUAUUUCAGUAACAAAAAAUAAUCCAACGCCCGAUGUCCGUUAUGUAGACCCAAGUUGAACAUCCAAUUGCUUCAGUUUUGAUUAUUUGGAGGAUGCCUUGUGUAGCAGAUAUAUCAAAAUGCUGGACAGUCAAACCUAUUUCUCAAUUCAAUAGAAGUUAUUUUGGAUCUCUAAGUUUUAAGAUUUAUCAUUUUUGUCUACAUGAAGCAGGAGCUGUACUUGCAGCCUUGUUGAUUCCAACUGCAUCUCUCGUUUUGCAGUUUAUCUUCUUUUGCUUUUGUUUAGAAAGAAUGCAUGCCGUGAACUCCUUGUCGUGCAUAUCUCAACUCUGCUUCCACCCACUUUGUUGACUGUGUGAUGUUGAUAAUACAUUAUAACCCUUUCCCCUUUGUUUAAAGGAUUUCCUCUCUAUCUUUGAUGAGGUGACGUAUUUCGUUCACAAUUCAUAACUGGGGUUUUUAUCACCCCAUAGAAUAAGAAACCCUAGGGCCCUCGGCAGUGUUUUGGAUGCAUCACAAAUCCUGUGUAAGGAUGGCUAGUAUAACAGCACGUAUCAUAUGCAUCUAUGUACAUAUGAGCUAUGGAUCUGAAAUUGAACUCAGGUUAAGUCCGGAUGCCUGGUGAGUGUCGAUGUCUAGGCCUGGGCCAAAGUUUAUUAGGCCAAGAAUUUCAGGUCAAGGCAGCCCAAUUCACAGCCAUGGAACUGGAUUCAUGCAUGCUUUUGGAAAAGGGGAACCCGUUGCCGAAGUUUGGUGAAUGGGAUGUGAAUGACCCUGCAUCAGCUGAGGGAUUUACAGUGAUCUUUAACAAGGCCAGGGACGAGAAAAAGACAGGUGGCAAACCUGAGUCACCCGCUAGGGCAAAUCCUCAGGUCAGCUAUGGAGUAGAGCCCGUCAAGCCUCAGGCAAAAGGUUGGUUUUGCUGCAUGCAAGCCCCGCGUGCAGAAUCUUGACAAGGUUUCUCCAUGGAAGAGCUUCAAUAGAGGUGCAUGUUCAUUGUUAGCCGCACCCUAUGCGAGCUGUAAAGUUAUGCUGAGGGUUGUAAAACUGUAUUCGAGUGGGCAAAGUGUGAAAGAUGAAAAGGGACAGUGUAUUGUAUCUAUUUGUACCGAUUUGGUGGGUUAUCAUGUGAAGCUUUGGCUAUUUAUUUGUAUGUGCUUUGUGCAAUAGUCUGUAGAGCUCAGCUUUGUUAUAUUUCUCUCUUUUCGUCAAAAAAUCAUGUCUUAUUUCUUAUCUGAUUAUGGGAGUGGUUUCGAUUCA